AAACUGCUUGGUGAUAAAUAUUCAUCGAAAAAGGUGUACGUGCGUUCGUCUGACAUGGAUCGUACUUUGAUGUCGGCACUUGCCAAUUUAGCAGGUUUAUUUCCACCACACGCUGAAGAGAAAUGGAAUGAAGACAUUGCAUGGCAACCAAUUCCAGUUCACACAAUACCUCCGAAUUUGGACUAUGUAUUGCGUGCACCAGGUGAUUGUCCAAGAUAUUCUGCCGCUCUCAAGAAAUACAAAAAAGAAUCACCAGAAGUGUUGGGAAUUCUUAAAGAAAAUAAAGAAAAUAUCUUGUACUGGUCGAAAAUGUGUGGAUCGAAUUUAACCACCAUUGAUGAUAUUAGCCAAGUAUAUGACAUACUUAAUAUUCAAAGGCAACAUAAUAAAACACUUCCUGGUUGGGCACAAAAAGCUAUCGAACCAAAUGGUGCUAUGGAGUCCAUUGCUCAUUUUUGGUUUACAACAUUUUCAAAUACCAAUGAAUUGGCUCGACUAGAGUCUGGAUUUUUGAUUAAAGAAAUGUUUGAACGUUUCGCUCAAAAGAUAAACUCAACAUUGGAGCCAAAUCGUUCAUUGUGGUUCUACUCAGCGCACGAAACUGGGAUGGGUGGCUUAAUGAAUAGCUUGGGAAUUUUCAAACCGCACGUACCACCAUUUGCAUCGAGUUUGCAUUUGGAAUUAUACAAAGUUGGCGAAAAAAAGCAUUUCAUUCAAAUCUUCUAUAGAAAAUCAGACGAAGAAAUCCUUCUGCCAUUGAAUAUACCGAAUUGUGGAGAAAAGUGUUCGCUGGAUCAAUUGUACAAAUUGUAUUAUGAUAUUAUACCUAAUCGUGAUCAUGACACUGAAUGCCGCCUUCCCAACUAGAUAUGGCGAUAAAUGUUCAAUGAAUUUCGAAUUGUAUCUGUAUUAAUAAAUCAACGAAUAGAUAACUUCAAAAAUUAGUAAAUGAAUAAAAUUUAUUGGACUUCAA